GGGAGGUUGCUGUGAGCAGGUGGGAUCCGCUCAGUGUCGCUGCUGCUGCUCUGUCUGCGUCUCACUCGUAACACAAGCUCAUCGGGAAGCGUAGCUGAAUAACUACCAGCGUAGAAAUGUAUGAAACAGUGUAGUACAUUUUUUAAAAAAGCUUGACAUUUUGCUAUCGCACGAGAAAAAAACACUAACAGCGGCGUAAUUCGGUUUUUCCCUAAUCUGAAAUUUUCAUUACAUGGCACAAGAUUCCGUGGAAAGAAGAGGAAAGGUUUGAUAACGACGAAAAUUAAGCCUCUUUUCUGUACAUGAGUGAGUCAGAGUCAUAUUUCAGUUCCAGCUAUCUGUGUCGCUAGCCGCUCGAAGCUGGGGGCCCGGUAUGGACUCAACGAAGAGCUUAUGCCAAGAGUGGAUUUAAUUGAUUGAUCAAAAAUUGUUUUGAGACAGCCUAAAGCUGCCGAAGUUCACCCUGAUACCAUUUUUGGACACCGGAGGGUUGUUUUAAAAGUCCGUGGACAUGGGGGAGCAACCUAUCUUCACCACCAGGGCUCAUGUCUUCCAGAUCGACCCCACCACCAAGAAGAACUGGGUCCCUGCCAGCAAGCAGGCCGUCACCGUCUCAUACUUCUACGACAGCACGCGCAACAGCUACCGCAUCAUCAGCGUGGACGGCUCCAAGGUGAUCAUCAACAGCACGAUCACACCCAACAUGACCUUCACAAAGACCUCGCAGAAGUUUGGCCAAUGGGCUGACAGCAGAGCCAACACCGUCUUUGGCCUGGGAUUUGCCUCUGAGCAGCAGCUUGCAAAGUUUGCAGAAAAAUUCCAGGAAGUCAAAGAGGCAGCAAAACUUGCAAGAGACAAAUCUCAAGAAAAGAUGGAAACCUCAAGUAAUCAUUCCCAGGAAUCUGGCCGUGAGACCCCGUCCUCCACUCAAGCCUCCAGCAUCAACGGCACGGACGAUGAGAAGAUCUCCCACGUGGGGCCGGCGGACGCACUCCUGAAGAGCGAGAACGACCGCCUCAAGACCGCUGUGGAACAGAGCAACACUAAUGCCAAGAAGUGGGAGACGGAGCUGCAGACCUUGAGGGAGAGCAAUGCCCGCCUGGUGGAGGCGCUGAAGGAGUCCUCCGCCAACGUGGAGACAUGGAAGAAGCAGUUGGCUGCCUGCAAGGAGGAGAGUGACCAUCUCAGGGACAAGAUCACAGAGCUAGAGGCGGAGUGUAACGAGGCCAAUCAGGAGAAGGAGAGGAACGCUCAGCUGACAGUGCGAGUGCAGGAGCUGGAGUCCGAGCUUCAAGAGAAGGAGCAGGAGCUGGAGAACCUGAGGAAGCAAGCUGAGAUAAUCCCUCAACUCAUGGAGGAAUGUGAAAAUAUCACACAGAAACUACAGGCUGCUGAGAUGAAAAACAAAGACCUGGAGGAGAGGAUAGAGACACUACAAACAGACAUAGAGGACAGCAACCACAAGCAAGGUCACCUGAAGGUCGAGCUGAAGAAGUUCAUGGACAUCUUGGACGGGAAGAUCGAUGAGCUCCACGAGUUCCGGCAAGGACUGUCCAAAUUAGGGGUGGACAACUGAGAGGAGGUGCAGGAAGAGCUGUACUGCACAUUAAGAACAGAUAUCACAGAAGGGUUCUGGGAUGACGCGGACCCCAAAGUGGGUUUCCGCCGAAACAAUCAGAUUAAAACAAAAUGGUAAAGUGGUAAAGUGGGAGGAAAGGAAGUGGCAAGAGUACUCCACCUGUUGGCAUCUCCCCGUGUCAGUGUUCUGGAAUCACAUUUAGAGCUGAAUUUGUAGUUUACUGAACUGUUGUAAUUACCCUUUUCAUAGCAGGAGAAAAAAAAAAGAUGGAGGACAGGUGGAGGAUUCAGUCUUAAAUGAGUGCACGGCUCAGGCAGUUAGAAUGCUUUCAUAAGGACGAUCCAUUAGCGAAACGUUAAGUACAGCAAGACAGUCAAGUCAUAACAGCCCUCCAUUAUACUGGCCACCUACAUAAUUAUUAGAUGUAAAAAAGAGAGAAGUGAAUCCCGCAUGCGGCUGAUUCACAAUGAUCUCAGGUCAGCUUGAAAGCCGUUUGUCCACCACAAUAUGCACAUACAUGAUCUGCACAUUGUCACAAAGUGCCUCAGUUUUGAGUCUUUAUGAACUGCAACGAAGGCCCAUCUCUCUUUGUAUGAACUAUUUUAUAACCCCAACAGGAGAGUCAAGGAUUGAUGUAACUAUUAUUACUACUGCCAUAUUUCUGCAGAAAUUUACAGGAUAAUUUUAAGAAGUCCUUAGUUGGUCCAGAACACUAAUCCCAAAUGUGCAAAUAGCACAACACAAUUUCAGGGUUCCUCAAAACUGUACUGAAUCAAAUAAAAAAUUGUGAUAAAAGAACAGCCGUGGAGUUGAAAUCAAAAUCGAGAGAGAUUAAAAAACACACAAACACAUCCCGUGGAUGCUGUACUUUUGUAGUUGUAAACACCACAACUGAAAAAGAGUAGACCUCUCUUGCAAGGUCUGUUGAGAAAAAACAAAUGAAAAGGUUUCAGUAAUAAUUCACUGUUGCUUUGGAAACACAGUGUGCAAGAUUGUAUGUGCAUAAGAAUAAAAGACCUGUUUUGAAAUUCUGAUUAGGGAAACUGUGAUGUAGGCUAAAGCGUGGGAGGGGGUUCCAAAAACUAUGCCAGGGACGCAGUUCAUGAUGAGUGCUGUGUUCUGAGGAUUUUGCAUGUACGAUAUGAGUUCUGUCAAUUCUUAGAGCCAAGUUACGUCUCCGAAUUUGUAAUUCACGUCGAGAAUGUGCUUCCCACAUUACUGUUUCUUUGUGUGGUGGUGAGUUUCGGGAAAGGGGGUUGCUGCAAGACUAUGGAACUUCGUGUAAGUGUUCUACACGAGUAAUACUUCAAUAUAGCCUGAUGGGGUUGCUUUUUUCCCAACAAAAAUCUUUGUGCUGGUGCCUAUAGAUUUCUCAGUCUAGCUGUCUUCAGCAAUGACCCAGUAACAGCAUUACCUUAACGUUCUCUGCGAGUACAGUGUAUUAAUUAUAGGUAUCUGGGUUCAUAAAUUUUAUAUAUAGAAACCCUUGGCCAGGGGGUGGGAAUAUUGUACUCUUUGUUUUUUAAGAAAAGGUGUGAAGUCCCUCUCUUCCUCUGGAGUGCAGCUCCAUGCUGUAUUUGAAUGUUGUAGUUCACAAAGAUCAGUUGGGUGUCUUGUGGAUGAACAUUUGUGGGGAAACUAUUAUGCCGUGUGUGUAUUUUCUAUCACUGUUUCAAAAAUAUUUUGCAAGCUGUUGUUCACUAUAGAUGAAUGAAUGUGUCUGUCCCCUUCCACAGUUAAAAAAUAUUUAGCCCCUUGGCAGAUGCUGAAGCGGCUUCGUGCUGACAUUGAUAGGGGUCAUCCCUGCGGUUACCACGGUGAGAACACGACUUUUCAUCCUUCCUGAAGAAGCAGAAUGACUCCUACCCACUUUUGUGAUUUCUCUUCAACAUUGUACCAUAUAGAGUUAUUGUUAAAAUAUAGUUUAAUUAAAAUGUGCUGUCUGUAGGUUUUCUUCAGCGACACGAGACGAAUUUGGGUUGAGAUUUGUCAGCUGUGGUAGGGAAAGAGGAAGUACAGGGGUACAAAUGACUCCUGCGUACACAGUGUACUAAAUUACUGUCCGAGCUGACUUGCCAUGGAGACUAUGACAGAGCCCGCUUUAAUGACCUUAUUUGAUCAGAAUGUGUGCUUUCUCGUUCCUGCAGCCAGACAAAUCUCAGUGCCCAAACGCUGUAAACCCACACAAAGCUCAAAGUAAAGCCUCUAGGUUCUCUCCAAA